UCUCUCUUUUGGGUAACUCUCUUCUCGAUAUCCACUAUCUUAAUCCCAACGCCAUUUAGGAAAGGAGGGAGUAUAAUAAUUACAUUUGAGGACAAAAACAUUUUCUUAGCCUAUUCAUCGGAUGUACAAACCCAAAUGAAGCCCCCGCAUCCUGGUCUCCACUUCUCCUAGCUUUUCACUUUCUUGCCGCCGGCACGUCUCACGGGUAUACUGAAUUCGUCUCUCCUUUCCAGCUUACAGGACAAUUUGUUAUCGGUAAUUCUCUACGGCCGGUUCUAUCUUCAACUCAGUUUUCACGUCAUCUCUCUUUAUUCAACUCUAGUAAUGGUUAAUCCCCAAAACAGAUAGAUUAAUUCCAACAUUGCAGCUUUGCAAGUAGCUAUGCAACCAAUUGGGGCAAAAGAUCCUCAACUCCGUGAGAGCAACAGCCAGAAGGUCCACCCACAGCCCAUGGAAGAUUCUAUUAAUAAUAAAAAACCAGAAGCAGUGGAUGCUAUAAUUUCCAAGAUUUUCACAAAUGUAUCCUCACUCAAAUCAGCUUACAUCCAACUCCAAUCCGCCCACACUCCAUAUGACCCUGACAAGAUCCAAGUUGCUGAUAAACUUGUGAUUUCAGAGCUAAAGACCCUAUCAGAACUCAAACACUUCUACAGGGAGCACAACCCUAAGCCCGUGUGUGUUUCUCCUCAGGAUUCUCGUUUGGCUGCAGAAAUACAAGAACAGCAGAACCUGUUGAAAACAUAUGAGGUGAUGGUCAAGAAAUUUCAAUCUGAGAUACAGAACAAAGAUUCUGAAAUUGUUCAAUUGCAACAGCAGAUUCAAGAGGCGAAUCAGAAACGAGUCAAACUUGAGAAAAACCUAAAGCUCAGGGGCUUAUCAGCAAAAGAAAGUUCCGGUAACGGAUUCAUUCCUGUGGUUGAUCUAACACCUGAUCUUUUCAAAUCUGCUGUGGAAUCUGCAUAUCAAGCUGUUCAUGAUUUUUCCAAACCAGUGAUCAACAUGAUGAAAGCAGCAGGAUGGGAUCUUGAUGCUGCAGCACAUUCAAUUGAGUCGGAUGUUGUAUAUGGGAAACGAGCUCACAAGAAAUAUGCAUUUGAAUCAAACAUUUCUCACAAAAUGUUCAUUGGGUUUCAGGAUGAAUUUUUCUCCAUGAAACCAGAGGAUCCAGAAACCGUAAAGGAAAGUUUCUAUGAACAGUAUACUGCAUUAGUGGAAAUGGAUCCACUAGAUGCUGUGGGCCAAAAACCAGAUUCCGCUUUUGGAAAAUUCUGCAGAACGAAAUACCUUGCAGUUCUUCAUCCAAAGAUGGAGGCCUCAUUUUUCGGGAACUUGGAUCAGCGGAACUUUAUAAUUGGGGGUGGACACCCGAGAACAGCUUUCUAUCAGGCUUUUCUAAAGCUGGCAAAAUCAAUCUGGCUCUUGCAUAGGCUGGCAUUUUCAUUUGAUCCUCCUGUUAAGGUUUUUCAGGUCAAGAAGGGAAGUGAGUUCUCAGAAGUUUACAUGGAUAGUGUUGUGAAAAACUUCAUUGUUGAAGACGCGGAGUUCAAACCUAAGGUUGGGCUGAUGGUUAUGCCCGGUUUUUACAUCGAGGGAAGCAUCAUCCAGUGCCAAGUCUACUUGACAGGUGUUAAGGUGGCUGAAUGACUAGUUGUGUCGUGUAACCUAUUAUGUAUCUUUUGUGUGUAUGUGUGUGCAUUUUCUUCUUGGAUCUAGAAACUGGUACAGUUGUAAUCAUUGUAUUUCCAGUUGGUAUUUGGUGUGCAAUGAUUUAAAAUACAUCCUUUGUUCACUAAAAACUCCCUUGUACUCGUAUGAAGUAAUGUAUGCUUAAGUAAAGCCAUAAGGGUGAUUGGCAAAAUGAUCUUUCUAAUUCUAAUGGUAAACAAUUUUUCUAAUUCUAACAAG